GGACAAGUACCAUGAAGAAGACGUUGUCGGGUGCGGGGUCAACUUUUUAAGCGGCACAGUGUUCUUCACGUUGAACGGAGACAUGAUGGGCGUCGCUUUCAAGUUCAUCAAGGAUACGAUUCUUCUGUACCCGGCCGUUGGUCUCUCCCAUGCGGGGACAGUGAUCAAUGCCAACUUUGGCGACCAGACGUUCUUGUUCAACAUUGUCGAGUAUAGGAAGAAGAUCACCUUGAAACCACCCCGGCCCCCAACCAUGCUUACAUGGAACAACGGUGCAAGGAAUGACAAGGUCUUCCAUAUUCUUAAUGACGGUCUUUCUGUCAUUGCGAGCGGCAAGGAUGCGGGAUGUAUCCGAGGACCGAAGGUGUCUCCGCGCGACAGAGAUGUGUUCUACUUUGAGAUCACGAUCCUGUACAUGCCUGCAACAGCACUAGGAACCAUCAUGGUUGGAAUUUGUGGUUCGGACCAAAAAAUGACCGACGUCCUGGGCUGGAAACCCAACUCGUAUGGCUACUCUGGCGAAUGUGGAGAUUUCCUCUCUAUGUCCUCGAGCCGAUCCAGUCUCAAUGCGCGCUCUCAGUCGGGCAAGAUGAAGGCGCGUGCUCGUGGGGCUCCCUUCAGGGCCGGGUCCGUGGUCGGAUGUGGAGUCGACUUUGCGUCGAGGGAGAUCUUCUUCACGCUCAAUGGGGAAUGUCUUGGCCAGGCAUUCAAUGAGGUCGAUGUCCUGGAUUGCUAUCCCUGUGUGUCCGUUGUCGACGGAGGCGGCGGCGUGGGUGGGCCUCUGUCAAUUCUGAGGGAGCAACCCGGGGCGAAUGGGUCGGAUGUCAAUGGAGGCAGAUUGGGUCCGUUCUCGAGGGACCAGACCCUGACGGGCUCAUCUUUUGAAGAUUGGAUUGGAUUCGAGUUCAAGGCGAAUUUUGGUCAAUUCCCGUUCAUGUUUGAUCUGCCAGCAUUUGAGGCCUCCGAAGGACAGUAGAUGUUGCUCGCAAAAUAAAAGACUGUGGAAUAAGCAUUCUGUCGUCAAGGUUGUGUCAGGGGAGGGAAGGAGGGAUAGAGAGACGGGCA